AUGGGUUUCACAAAGCCGCCUGUUCAGGCGCUCAAGUCUUCCAAUAAGCUCAAACGAAAGGAGCUCUUCGUCCAGUACAAGAAGCACCAGAACAAGGAGAGACAUGAGGAACGACACCGCCGCCGUAGGGAAGAAGCAAAGGACCCCGAGCUCAAGGCAGCCCGUCUAGCCAAGCGCAAACCUGCAACGAUCGACUCGAAGCGAGUAUGGGAUGAUAUAGACGAUGACAGUCUUGGUGUGCAGGUGGACCUCGAGAAGUUGAAGCGCCGCCGCAUUGAAGAGGCUGAAGCAGCAGAACAGGCGGCUCAUGAGGCUGCAAUGCGCGCUGAGGAAGAGCUGGACGAGGACGAUGACGUUGACAGUAUGCUGGCUUCGGAUGAGGAGAUGGACGAAGAGCGACAGGCUGCAAUGGAAAAGAACCGUCAACGCCGUGCACAGCGAGAUAACAGUGUUGCCCCAUCCACAACAAGCACAAACCUUGACUUGACACCAACAUCACUGGCCCUAAAGUUUCCGUCUCUUUUCACCGACAUACCGGCUCCUGAGCCCAAGAUUCUGGUCACAACCUCUAUCAACUCUACUCUCCACGAACAGGCCCAUGUUCUCUGCGAGUUCUUCCCCAACAGCUCUUACGUCCCUCGGUCGGCCCAUCGAUACGGCCAUAAGUAUUCGCUCCGAGAGAUCUGCAAGUAUGCCUCAAAUCGAGAGUACACAGCCAUAAUUCUCCUCAAGGAGGACUCCAAGAAACCUACAGGUCUCACGGUUGUGCAUCUUCCUUCCGGCCCGACCUUUCAUUUCUCCAUCACAAAUUGGAUCGAAGGCAAAAAGCUCCCAGGCCACGGCAACCCAACAAAUCACUACCCUGAACUGCUUCUCAACAAUUUCAAGACACCACUUGGUCUGUUGACAGCCAAGCUGUUUAUGACCUUGUUUCCCCCUAAGCCUGAGUUCCAAGGUCGCCAAGUCACUACGCUCCACAACCAGCGAGAUUAUAUCUUUGUGCGACGACAUCGUUACGUGUUCCGAGAAAAGCGACAGACAGAAAAGAGCAUCGUCGGUGCCGAUGGAAAGGAGGUUAAAGGCGUGGAGGGUAUCCGUGCUGGUCUCCAGGAACUCGGUCCCCGCUUCACCCUCAAGCUGAGGAGAGUUGACAAGGGUAUUGGAAGAGCUGGAAGUGAAGGUGAUGAUGCGACACAGUGGGAGUGGAAGGCCAAGAUGGAGAAGGACCGCAAGAGGUUCAACCUAUAA